AUGAAUGAGAGAAGGCUGUGGUGGUGGCGGUGGCGGGUUGCUGAGGCUGAGAGAGAUAUGGAAGGAAAGGCUGUUAGGGGCUUAGGGUUAGGGAUUUCCAAAAUCAAAUUAGGGCAAUUUGACACCUUCUUCAAGCUGGAUGAGAGGAAACGUAGGAAGGAUUUCAAACUUGAAAGAAAUCUGCUAUACCCUGACCCUUUUGAGAAGAACCUCCCACCUGAAGAGAGAGAAAUAUAUCACCGCUUCAAGGUUUUCAUGCGGUUCCACUCAAAUGAAGAGCACAAGGAAUUGCUCAAGAGUAUCAUUAAGGAACAACAGGUUGUCAAAAGGAUACUAGAUCUUCAGGUAGGUCCUAAAAUGAAGGAGCUGAAAGAAAAUAUUAAAGUUCGAACUUACGCCCUCAUCUUGGAAGGACUUGUUCCAUCAGCACCACCAACUAUUGAUCUUGACAUCUGA